AUGCCUCCAAGAAGUCGAUUGUUGCGAGAAGAGAAAGGGAAGGACAUCGCAGAUUCUCCGAGUCCGACCAGAGAUGUGUCAGCGCCCGGCAGUCCUCUGGACGAUUUCGACUCGAUUCAUCGCGAUGCUCUUCGGGACACGGAAAACAUGACUCUAUCUCAGCGUCUUUUGGUCGCUGAUGCUCAUAGGGUGACUCGUGAUGAAGACGCUGAUCGUGUUGAAGUUGGGAGCAGUGAUGUGAGCGGAAGCGAGGAUAGAGGGAGAGAUCAAGGCGAUACCGCGACUGGCUCCGAACGUGGCGACACUGAUGAGUCUGAUCGGUCUCCGACUCCUUUGAGACAGAGCUUGCUCCGCUGCCACCCGGACUGCUACGGGACCCGCGGGCUCAGUCGUGGGGGGAACGUGUUUGGAUCUUCUGCUUCUCAUCAUACCGUGAGGGAUCUGUUAAGGGCGAGCGGUGGUGCCGGUGUUACUUACAUCAUCCCGUCUGCCGAGCAGCGUCCCUGGUCGCCUCCGGUCGGUUACCAAUGUGUGUAUGAGUCCUAUUUUGGGGAUCAUACGAAGCUAUGGUUCCUGAUUCCCCGGUUAGUGACGUCCUACGCAUUCCGCCGAGACAUCGUCAUCUCUCAACUUUUGAACGGGUCGCUGCGAAUAGCCGUCAUGCUAAUGGUAAUGGCAGCUGAGAUGGACAUCUCGAUGAGCGUGAGGGUCUUCGAGGAGUUGACUUUCACGAAGGCGGAGCCGAACGGAAUCUUCUCGGUGAAAAUGUGUUCGAACUACAAUGUCUUGACCGGUCAUCCAAAUAAGACGCAUGAUUGGCAACGCGCGUAUUUCUUCGUGGAGUCUGCUGAACAUGCUUUCGAAGAGCCGUCGGGGGACGACUACCGCGUUCUGUGGAACCGGCAACUCGGUAGAGACUCGCCUUUCGUCAUCCGAAUACACGGGGUUCCGGAUCUAAGCGCUCUGUGGUGGAACCUCCCCAGAAGGGGCCUCCAGAGAGGAGGGCCCUAUUGCAACCGAUCAGGGGGGACGGCAGAGACUUCUGCUUCUGGUCCCAAGAAGAAGAAAAAGACCAAAAGGACUAAGGUGAGAGCGACUGACAAGGUUCCUCCCAAAGAGUCUGCUCCCCUUGAUGCGACUUCCGAAGGUUCGAAGUCCAAAAAGAAUAAGGAUGGGAGAAAAAGGUCUCGUGGCGGGGCAGAAGGGCAAGAGGCCGUUUUAGUCAAGGCGACAUCAGAUGGUCACCCGAGGAAGAGGACUAAGAGGUCUGUUGAGGCAGAGCCCCGUCCUUCUACCUCCGACGCGAACGCUGCUGACGUGGCCAUAGUAGACACUGUUGGGGAGGCCAGUGGUACUCCUGGAAAACUGUCAGAGGAAAGGAGGAAAACCUGCUCGCGAGAAGGAGGUUCUGGUGGUGAGCUCACGAGGUCUACUCCAGACUCUUCUGCGAGAAAAAAGUCUGGAUCUGAAGGUUCCGUAGCGAAGAGAAAGAGGAUUGAAUUCCCUGAUCGUGUCGAGUUCUCUUACAACGAGACGACUCCCCUGAUCCUUAAUCCUCUUAGGCGCGCGGAGCUGACGCGUCAUAUUCGUGGUGGGACGAAGGAGAUGCCGCAACUGGAAGACCUUUACUUCAGGAAUGAAUACAUCGAUGUUGCUUCCUCGAGAGCGCGGAGUGACGGGAGCCUGAACUUUCUUGUCGAGAAAUACGACAGCGCCCUGAAGCAGACGAUGAUCCAGUUGGGAUCUUCGGAGAAGCUCGCUCAAGAAAGAUUGAAGGCCAGUGAGAGGGUAAGGGCCGAGCAGAAGAAGGCUAACGAGAAGGCUGCGAAGGAGAAAGAAGUUCUUCGGGUGAAGUUCGAAGAGCUGGAGGGUAAGCUCAAAUCCGCCUGCACAGCCAAGAAAGAGUUUGCCCGAGAGAACACUCGCCUGGAGCAAGCGACUGCGAUCCUUGAAAAGGAGAAGACUGAGGUGCUUGAGGAAAGGGACGCUGCGGUUGAGAAAUUGAUCAGGGAGAGGCAACGCUUGAGAGACUUCCGGGGACUCGAGGUUACUCGUGAGAGGGAAAUGGUCAAAGCUGCUAUGACCGAGAAGGCAAACCGCUGCUUUGGUCACGUGCGCGACCAUUUAACUCGCUUGGAUGCCUUUGGGAAAGCGAAGAAUCUGUACGGUCAAGCUUCGGGGACGACGAAGUGCCUCGAGAUGAUAAGGGCAAGUGGGACGGAGAUUCCACAAGAAAUGAUCGACGUUUUUGCCGAGCAGGAGAAACUCUACGAGGCGGAGGCUACGAGGUUCUGUGUAGGUCUGCUGUCUGAUAGCGACCUCACUCUUUCUCUGCUGGUUCUCCCUUCUCGUUUCGUCGAGGACAGGUUUAGAGCGUCGUUUGAUCCUUAUGGAUCGAACGUAGAUUUGAUCGGACCAGGGACGGUUUCUCAGCUCAUCACCUCGCUCGAAAUUACCGAGGAGCCAUCGUAG